GGCACAACAACAUUUACCAUUUACAGGAGCCUCGACUCGUCUUUCCGCCUAGGGCCCCCGAUACCCUUAAUCCGCCACUGUUGAGCCCUAAUGAGCAUAUAAGGGACCCGGAAACGGGUCGUUAUCAUUUCUGCUCGUUAAAGAUGCGAUCUAUUUAAUACAAUCGAAUGUUGCGUACAGUGCGAUAGAUAUUCUUUGGUGCUUUGGUUAAGGUAAUAAUAUCUUUAUUGUAAUGAUUCAUUUUGCAUGUUCAUAUUACAUCCGUAUGCUUUCGACUAUUCCACGAAUGAUAUUUCUGACACAUUCUGUUGGUUGUUGUUUGUUCACGAUUGUUCUGUACGCAGGAAGAAACUUUAAUAAAUCAUCAUCAUUAAAUAAGAUAUCAUAAAUAAGUGUGCCAACAGUUGAAAAAAGCACUAAGUCUUCCGCUACACCCUGUGUUCAGCGAAUGUGAAAUGUUUCAUUGUUUGAAUUUGAAACGUUUUCGAUGUAAGUUCGUUCUGAGUUGGUUGAAAUCAUUCACUUUCUACAGAAGCAGUCUAUUUUUUUUCAAGCAUUAUAUAGUAACUAUUGUUGAUUAUAUAGUGGAUUACUAAUGUGUGAAUUAUAAGCAAUUGAUGCCCUGAUGUGAAUUAUGAUUUUUGUAAAUAAAAAUACGAUUACUUCGCCAUAAAUCAAGGCCUGCUUUUCAUUUGUUUGAGACGUUUAAUGACUGCUGAACUGAAAUUUGAUUUGAUAAGACCUAUCGUAAAGAUAAACCUGGAAUUUCAUUGAGUAGGUGGUACGGUACGAAUUGAGUCUCACGUUAGUCUGUCACGGAACGUCAACAGUGAAUAUGUUUAAUAGUCAGUUUGUGCUUUAGAAAAUGGACUCCUCCGCUUUUCCUUCUGGGUCAUCUGAUGAGUUGGACUCAAAAUCGGUACAAUUAAGUAGUGCAGCAGCGACGCAUCCCACUGAAGGUUUUGCUAAUGCCGCACCGGUAGGAAUUGACGAGUGCUACGACACAAGUAAUGCUAGGCGUGGCAUUGCGCUUAUCAUCAAUCAGGUGAACUUUAGCAGCAUGGCAGUGCGCGACGGUAGCAGUAAGGAUCGCACCGAUAUUAGCACGGUAUUGCAACGAAUCGGAUUCGAGGUGCGUGUGAUGGACGAUCCGAACAGAAAGCAACUACUUUCCGCGCUCAAGCAGCUUGCCGGUGAGGAUCACUCGCACAGCGACUGUCUAGUGGUGGUGGUGAUGACGCACGGCAAAGAAAAUAAUCUACUGUACGCUUCCGAUAAGUCAUACGAAGCGAACCAGUUGUGGGAACCGUUCAUUGGCGACGCCUGUCCAUCGUUGAUCGGUAAGCCGAAGUUGUUUUUCGUACAGGCCUGCCGAGGCAAGAAGCUUGAUGAAGGCGUUAUUCAAGCAACCAUAAGCAUAGAUUCCGUCGAUACGCAAUCGUCACCGGGCUCGAUGCGAUACGUUAUUCCGGCCAUGGCAGACCUGCUGGUCAUGUACUCCACGUACGAUGGCCACUACUCGUGGCGCAAUCCGAGCAAGGGGUCUUGGUUCAUCCAAUCGCUCUGUGCCGAGCUUGGGGCGAGUGCCCAUUGCAAGGAGCUGCUGCACAUACUGACUGCCGUUUCUCGCCGGGUAGCGUAUCACUAUCAGUCGAACGUUCCGGACAAUGCCAAAAUAGAUGCAAAGAAGCAGAUGCCCUGUAUGGUGUCCAUGUUAACCAAGCUGCUCUAUUUGACGCCAAAAAAAUAGGAGAAACACCAUAAUAAAGACCGAAAAGUCUGCUUUCGAA